CUGUAGAAUACGGACUUCAGUCUUCGUUUUUCACUUGGUCGUGCAUUAAUCCAGGAAUUUUUUUUCCUCUCGGAUGGACUGAGUUAACUCUGUGAAAACUAGCUCCUGUGAUUGAUAUCAUCGUGAUAAUUCAGAGGGAUUAAAUAGUAUUAAGUAAGUGGAUCAAGAUCUCAACGAGUGGUUAAAUCCCUGUGAUAAUAUUGAGUGUAAAUCUCAUUGAGAUCUGCAGAUGGAGAUCCAGUAAUUCAUCUCUCUUCGAAAAUGAUUUGGAGUUGAUGAAGGAGCACUCCAAUUACUGGAUUUUUCAGACAGCUGUCAUUCAUACAAUUAACACCUGCGGAAAUGUCAAUCGUCUGAAUCACGCAACCCAAAAUGGAUCUCGAGAUUUUUCAUCAGUUUGUUAUAGGAUUAGUUUGCAAUUUUCUCGUCUUUGACUGCGGUCUUCAUGAAGGAUGGCCCACCCCGACUCUUGGGAAAUUCGGAAAAGACGAUCCAAUCACGUUGACGUCGAGUCAAGAGGCGUUGGUGCUGAGUGUGAUGUACCUGGGCGUGGGCAUUGGUACGAUUAUGCCGUUGAUCUCCAUGGAUAGAAUUGGGAGGAAAUUUACCCUGCUGUUUGGUGCUCUACCCAAAGUUUUCAGCUGGAUUGCUAUAGGUCUGGCUAACAGCCCCAAUACUCUGUGCUUCGGUAGAGUCCUAGCAGGAAUUGGCUGUGGCAUCUCGUACACAGUGGUCCCGAUGUACAUCGGAGAGAUCAGCAGCAAAAGAACGAGGGGACCUCUCGGUACGAUGAAUGCCGUCUCCCUCAACCUAGGAAUCCUAUUCAUCUACACAGUUGGCCUCUGUGUGAGUCGUUUCAUGAUGGCGAUGAUCAGCCUCGUCGGUCCUCUACUAUUCAUCAUAUCAUUUAUAUGGCUACCCGAGAGCGCGGUAUAUCUCACCCAGAAGAAUCAGUUGGACCGUGCGGAAGAGGUCCUCAAGUGGACACUUGGCAAGGAAGACGUGCAGAAGGAAUUCGAGGAAGUGAAACGAAUUGUCUCCGUUGAGGAUAAGACGAGGGCAAUUGGAUUCUUCGCUACACUGAAGAAAGCAUCCAAAUGCCCUGCUAAUAGGAGAGCCUGUUGGAUCCAACUCAUCCUGAGCAGUGCCAUUGGCGUAACUGGUGCAGCGCCCAUCCUCUCCUUUCAGUCACAUAUCGUCAAGCAGGCGGAAUUCGAUGGUGUAGAUUUCACCAUAAUUGCAACGGGAGUCGCUGUCGUCAUUUCCGGAAUUGUCUGCAUGGCUGUUGUUAAAUUCACCGGAAAAAGGAGACUCCUUCUAGUGUCGGGUCCACCAUUCUUCGGUUCUCUCGCUGUUCUAUCAAUCUUCUUUACACUUUUGGAACAUGGAGUCGAUAUGAAGGCUUUCAACUGGAUUCCCAGCGUUUUCAUCAUCAUCUACAUUGUCGUCUUUGGUUUUGCAUUUAAUCCACUGCCAAUAGCUUACUUGGGAGAAUUAUUCUCAAUUGAUUUGAAGGUCAUUGCUGGGGUCUGCGCCGUUUUGUAUUACGCCGUUACAACUACAGUGACUAUAGAAAUUUAUCAGAGACUGUUUGAGACACUCGGGACUUUUGCAGCAAUGUGGCAACUGACUGUGAUCACUUUUGUUAUCUGGUGUUUGAUUUGCGUAUAUGUGCCAGAAACAGAAGGAAAGAGCUUAGCGGAAAUACAGACAAUGCUCAGUGAAGGAUUUGUAAAGCGAAGGGAGGAAGAAAAUAAGAGGAAGCCCGGAGAAAUGGAGGCUGUCGAUAUCGGAGUAUAUUCGUUGAGCAAAGUCAGUGUAGUACCGACUUUGAACAAUUCAAUCAAUUAAAGUUGAAGUAACUUU